AUGACCGAAACCUGCAAUCCCCCAGAAAAUCAAUUGUCACCAUCUCGCAUCAUUUUGAUGUGAAUAUUUAUAGGCACUGAAUGCGUCCUUGGUAUCACUGCAAAUGGGUUCAUUGUGGCUAUAAAUACAGCAGAAUGGAUUCACAACAAGGCAGUUUCCACAAGUGGCAAGAUCCUGCUUUUCCUGAGUGUAUCCAGAAGAGCGCUACAAAGGUUCAUGAUGCUAGAACUCACCUUCAGUUCAACAUCCCCACAGUUUUAUAAUCAAGACAUUAUUGUAUAUGAUACAUUCAAAGGAAGUUUCAUGUUCAUAAAUUAUUGUAGCCUCUGGUUUGCUGCCUGGCUUAGAUUCUUCUACUUCGUGAAGACUGCGGAUUUCUCCUACCCCCUUUUCCUCAAGCUGAAGUAGAGAAUUUCUGGAUUGAUGCCCUGGCUUCUGUGACUAUCAGUGUUUGUUUCCUUGGGCCACAGUGUGUUCUUCCUCAAAAACAUCUACACUGUGCAUUGCAACAAUCCUUUUUCUAGCCCCUCCUUCAACUCCACUAAGAAAAAUUACUUUUCUGAGACCAGUGUGAUCAGCCUGGUUCUUUUCUGUAACAUGGGCAUCUUCGUUCCUCUCAUCACGUGCAUCCUGGCUGCCACCCUGCUGAUCAUCUCUGUCAAGAGACACACCCUAAACAUGGGAAGCAAUGCCACUGGCUCCAGGGACCCCAGCAUGGAGGCUCAUGUGGGGACCAUCAAAGCAAUCAGCUAUUUUCUCAUUUGCUAAAUUUUCAAUGCAGAUGCUCUAUUUCUUUCCAUGUCCAACGUCUUUGAUAUCAACAGUUCCUAGAAUAUUUUGUGCAAAAUCAUCAUGGCUGCCUACCCUGUUGGCCACUCCAUUCUACUGAUACAGGACAACCCUGGGUUGAGAAGAGCCUAGCGGCUUCAGGCUCAUGUUCACCUUUACUUAAAAGAGUAG